UAGAAUAGAACGAAACGAAACGGAAUUCAAUCAAGAAUCUUGAGGAAAACAGGCAAAGGCACGCUAGUGGUCGAAAAAGCGAUAUACUACAGACAAAAGAGAAGUGUUUCCUCGACCGAAUCAGUUGUGCAAGCUAUCCGUUCAAUGGAGUAACGCCACUCAAGUGACAAAACACUACACCGGAAAGGAAUUCGCAUAGUUUAGUUGAUUAUUGUUUUCACAUCCCCAUCCUCCUUCCACAACACCAGGAUUGAGAUGGAACCGGAACAGUUGGAGAUACUGUGCAAGCAGUUUUACGAAUCCCAAGAUGGGCGAUUACGCGCGGAAGCCGAAAAAGCGCUUUACCUGUUCCAGGAAGACCCGGACGCACUGUCCAAGUGCCAGACACUGCUGGAUCGCGCCGAUUCGAGCUUUUCGCAGCUGUUCGCGACCACCAUCCUCACAAAGCUGGUAACCAAGAACAUACAGGUGCUGAGAAUGCAGCAACGCGUUGACAUACGGAACUACGUGCUCACUUACCUGGCCACCCGUCCGAACCUACAGUCGUUCGUCAUCCAGGCGCUAGUGUCGCUGUUGGUGAAGAUAACAAAGCUAUGCUGGCUCGAUAUGUACGAGCGCGAGUACGUGUUCCAAAACAUCCUGCAAGACGUGAAGGAGUUUUUGGGCGGCUCGGUCGAACAUUGCAUGAUUGGCGUGCAGAUACUCUCCCAGCUGACGGUCGAAAUGAACCAGCAAUCCGAAACGGCCUGCAAUCUCACCUUCCAUAAACAUCGUCGCAUUGCGAGCCUCUACCGGGACUCAAAACUGUACGACAUCUUCAUCCUAGCCUGUUCGCUGCUCAGCCAGGCGAAGGAUAAUGUUUGCAAAAAUCUGAACUAUCUCGAUGAGGCCCAGCAGGGUUUGUUUACGCACCUGCUCGAGCUGGCACGCAACUGCUUGAGCUUUGAUUUUGUCGGAGCCACGGCCGACGAGUCGUCGGAUGAUAUUUCAACCGUGCAGAUACCGACCAACUGGCGUCCCGCCUUUCUGGACUCCGAGUCGGACUCGCUGAAGCUCUUUUUCGAUCUUUACCACGUGCUACCGACGCGCCUGUCCAGCCUGGCCCUUUCCUGUCUGGUGCAGAUCACCUCCAUCCGUCGGUCGAUCUUCAGCAAUCCGGAGCGCAUAAAGUUUCUCACCAAACUGGUGAAGGGCGCCACCGAUAUUCUGAAGACAUCGCACGGGCUGAGCGACCCGGAGAACUAUCACGAGUUUUGUCGCCUGCUGGCCCGCCUCAAAUCCAACUAUCAGCUCAGCGAGCUGGUAAUGGUCGAAAACUAUCCGGAAGCGAUACAACUGAUCGCAAAGUUUACCGUACAAUCGCUGCAAAUGUGGCAAUCGGCACCGAACAGUAUUCACUAUCUGCUGUCGCUAUGGCAACGGCUGAUUGCGUCGCUGCCGUAUGUGAAAUCACCCGAACCGCACUUCCUAGAGACGUACACGCCGGAGGUGACGAAGGCAUUUGUCACCUCGAAGCUGGAUGCUGUGCCGGUGAUCAUUCGGGAGGGCCUCGAAGACCCGGUGGAUGACGCGGGCAUGGUGCAGCAACAGCUCGAGCAAUUUUCAACGAUCGGUCGCUGCGAGUACGAUAAGACCUGCGCGCUGCUGGUGCAGUUGUUCGAUCAGACAGCAAACCGAUACCAGGAGGUGUUGUCCAGUCCGUCGAACGCAAACCACAUCGAUUUGCAGAUUUGCGAAGGGCAGCUGACGUGGCUGGUGUACAUCAUCGGUGCGUCGAUCGGGGGUCGCAUAGCGACACCGUCUUUCGAUGAACACGACGUUCUCGAGGGGGACAUGAUUAUCCGCGUACUGCAGCUGAUGACGCUGACCGACUCGCGAUUGCCGCAGUGUGGCUGCGAGAAACUGGAACUAGCCUUUAUGUACUUCCUGGCGCACGUACGCAAGAUCUACAUCACCGAGCACAUGCAGAAGCUGAAAAUGUUCCCGCGCCUUUCGGAGUUGCUUGGCGUCAGUGAUGACGACACGACCAUGCUGACGGUAACUAGCCGAAAGAUCAUUACUAACCUCAAAUAUUUAGGCAAUUCCGAGCAAGUGCUACGCAAAACUCUCACCCUGCUCAGUGAUCUUACCCUAAUUUGUUCCUCUGUUCGCAAGUUGAUCAAACUGGACGAGAUACAGUUCAUGUUGAACAAUCGGACGCGUGAGCAUUUCUCGUUCCUUGGUUCCGGCACUGUCGCCGCCACGCGAUGUCGUAGCAUGUUCUACACCUGCCUUGGCCGGUUGCUGAUGGUGGAUCUCGGGGAGGAUGUGGAGCGGUUCAACACCUUCAUGAUGCCACUCACGAACACAAUCGAAAACAUCAUCAUGAUGAACUUCCCGAGUGAGGAGGCAAAGAAGGAGCUGAUCGGAUUGUCGCGCGAUUUGCGUGGGUUAGCGUUGGCAUUUAAUGCGAAGAUGCCGUACAUGAUGCUGUUUGACUGGAUCUAUCCGGACUAUUCGCCAAUAUUGAUCCGUGCUGUGCAGAUGUGGGCCCACGAUCCGACCGUGACGACGCCCGUAUUGAAGCUCUUCACCGAACUAGUCUACAACCGGUCACAGCGAUUACAGUUCGAUGUGUCUAGUCCAAACGGCAUCUUGCUGUUCAGGGAAACGUCCAAGUUGAUCUGCUGUUACGGUGAAAGCAUGUUGUCGUUGAAUGUUCCCAAGGAACAAAUGUACCCAAUGAAGCUGAAGGGCAUUUCUGUGUGUUUUCAAAUGCUGAAGCAAAUCCUUAGCGGCUACUAUGUCAACUUUGGCGUGUUUAAGCUGUACGGUGACAAUGCACUGGACAACGUGCUGAACAUGACCGCAAAGUUGAUCCUCACCAUCCCACACGAGGACAUUCUGGUUUACCCGAAGCUGUCGCUGUCGUACUACACGCUGAUUCAGUGCUUAGCCCAGGAUCACAUCUCAUACCUUUCCACGCUAGAGCCUCCCCUGUUUUUGUACAUUCUGGAAAGCAUAUCCCAAGGAUUGAAUGCUUUAGAGCCUGUAGUUUGUUCCGGUUGUUGCCAAACGUUAGACCAUAUUGUGACGUACAUCUUUAAACAACUGCAACUGAAUGUGUCCACAUUCCCGAACAAAAAGCUCCGGCAGGCGGUACCCCCGGAGAACAACAUGUUCCUCAAGGUGAUGGAACUGCAUCCAGAAAUUUUGCAGGGACUGCUAUCCACCAUGAUGAACAUUGUCAUGUUCGAAGACUGCAAACACCAGUGGUCUAUGUCCCGGCCUUUGCUUGUGUUAAUUCUGCUCUACGAGGACUACUUCCGUCGUAUCCGGGAAACGGUCAUACAAUCUCAGCCUGUAGCCAAACAACAAACCAUGGCACGCCUGUUUGACAUUUUGAUGGACGGAAUCGAGCGCAAUCUGCUCAUUCGGAAUCGCGACAAAUUCACCCAAAACUUAUCGCAAUUUCGUCGUGAUAUCAACGAAUGUCUCAAGAUCAGCCCGCAGGCAAAUGCGGCGGCAAAUGAAAUGGAAAUGCAGGCCGGUGCUGUUGCUGAACAUACCUACGCCGGCACGACUGAAGCAGAAAUGAACGUAGGAAGCUUUGUGGUCCUGUUCGAUGUUUAAACGAGAGAUAGUGGCACGCUUAAGGAAUAUAACAAACUCCAGACCUCCUGGCGGUGGUCAUGUUACGAUGCAGAGAUGUUCUCAUAAUUUUCCAUUUGCAUUGAGUUUUGGCUGAAGUUCGCGAGCAGUAGUGGACACAGGAUAAUAGUACGUAGGCAACCAGAGAGACAAGCCGCACUUGAUAAGGUAUGCCGUCGAUGCGUUUAUAACAAUAAUCGUUGUGUUAGAAAGUGUGCUACAUUGUUUAAGCGUUCGUUUUUAAGAAUACAGCCGCGAUAGUUUUACGACAA